CUUAAAAUGAUUAAUCUGCUAAAUUUGUUGCCUGUACAAUACACUGGUCAUCUAUGUCCUUCUGGUCAGGUCGCUACAAUCUCAAGUUCGUACCUUACAAACGAAUGCUCACGUGACCGCUUGGCCAAUUGAUUGUACGCCCCAAAAACCGGUUUUCACUGGGGCGCCAGGAAGAUGAUAUCAACUUACAAGCAUCUCCAGCCUUUUACAUAAGACAAACGCUCACCGGAGGUGUUUCCCAACUCGCUUCUCCGAUACUGAAUAAUCAUUUUCCCCUUUAAUACAUUAGAAAUAGUGCAUAGGAAAUAAUUGGCAGAACCACAUUUCAAAGACAAAUAAAUGCCACGCACAACUAUAUCACGAACCUCAGCGGAGCCAACGCUCUAUGAGAUCCUCUCACUAACACCAAAACGGCUCCAAGGCCAAGAAUUCACAGCGCAGCAAAAGAGCAUCAAACAAGCAUAUCACAAGGCCCUUCUCAAACACCAUCCAGACAAGAAUCCUCAGGAUUCGCCCACAAAUACAGCAACAUCAUCAAAUCCCGCUCGAUCAUCUAAAUCCCAAUCUAAAUCCAGCGGCGGUGGCAAAUCAUCUUCCUCAUCCUCCUCAUCUUCAGUGCCCAAGUCCCAACUCACAUACACCGUCGACCAAAUCCAGCAUGCCUACAGCGUACUCUCAGACGCCGCCCAGCGGCGCGAGUACGACCGGCAACUCCUCCUAACCACAUCUUCAUCCUCCUCCACGUUCACAUCCAUCUCCACGGAGCAAAAGCACUCGGUCUCCACGCGCUUCCACACGGGGGUCGAGACCGUCGAUCUCGACGACCUCGGCUUCGACGAGAAGACGGGGGUGUACUUCGGGUCGUGCCGGUGUGGCAACGAGCGCGGGUUCCAGUUCACCGAGGCGCAGCUGGAGGAGUACGAGGAGGACCUGGUGCUGAUGGUGCAGUGUCUCGACUGCAGUCUCUGGAUGCGGGUCUUGUUCGACGCUGUCGACGACGACGAAGAAGCCGGCGACGAAGAAGCCGGCGACGAGCAAACACAAUCAUCGCAUCGCCAUCAAAGCAAUAACGCACCAGAAACGUCGGUAUCAAACCGCACUCAGACGCGCGAUGCAGCGGAACAGCGUCGCGGCAGCGGUAGCGUUAGCAAGAGCGGCAAGGGCUGGCGAUUUAAUCUGAGCUUCGACUGGGGUCUAUCUCUGUCCGGCUCAGCGUCUGCGUCUACAUAGGCAUAUGCUCAAUGGUGGGGCAAUCUUUACUGUGUGCUGUAGUAAAUAUAUGUCCUCUUCCUCCCCUUUAUUUUUUUUUUUUUCCCGGUUUAUUUUCAAAUUCUCAACAGGCAACUUAUUAGGACUAGAAAGGCCUAAAUGAGCGUCAAGUAUGUUCAGUCUUAUCUAGGUAGUGAAAUGGAUACUUGCAGUCCUAUAUAGGUAAUCAUUGCAUAUUUCCUGCUAUACUAUGUUACAUGGCAAGUGUCUCAAGCUGUUAAAAUAAUCCAAAAAAACUCUGUAGCGUCAAGUACAUGCGGGAUUGAACCAGGAAAUCCCCAAU